GUAGGAGGUGAGAAUUUCUCCCCAAAUAGUUUGUAGAGGUUCUACUGCUAUGGCGCUAUUUUCCUCCCUGACACCUGUGUUUCUAGCGGUUUUGUGCGGUGUGGUCGUUGUAUUUUUUAUCAGAAGCUUUCAGAAAAAAGACAGGAAAUCAAACGCCGUCGUCUCCAAAUCCACGGCGAAAUCAAGACCGUGGGUAGACGAAGAUCUGCAAGACACAGAAUUAAACUCCAGAGAUGAAGAAGAAGAAAGCGAGUGGGCGGCCGGCGAGGAGGAUGUGCCCCACGUGCCCUACGCGCCCGCGCGGUAUGCCGGCGACGUCAUGCUGAACCGCGCGCGGGAGUUCUACGCCCUGAUGAACGGGAGGCGGUCCGUCCGGUUCAUCAGCCCCGAACCCGUGCCUCGCGAGGUCAUCGACUACGUCAUCCGGACCGCAGGCACGUCCCCCAGCGGGGCUCACACGGAGCCCUGGACCUUUGUGGUCGUGGGCGACGCCGAGGUGAAGCACAAGAUCCGUGAGAUUGUGGAGGAAGAGGAGGAGAUCAACUACAGACAGAGGAUGGGAGACAAGUGGGUCAGUGACCUUCGCAGAAUGAGGACUACCUGGGUGAAGGAGUACCUGGACGUCGCUCCGUACCUCAUUCUGGUCUUCAAGCAGACCCACGGGAUCCGCAGCGACGGCCGAAAGAAGACCCACUACUACAGCGAGAUCAGCGUGUCCGUAGCCUGCGGGAUCCUGCUGGCCGCCCUCAAUAACGUCGGCCUGGUAACCGUGACGUCCACGCCCCUGAACUGCGGCCCCCACCUCAGGCUCCUCCUCCGCCGGCCGGCCAAUGAGAAGCUCCUGAUGCUCCUGCCCGUCGGGUUUCCCGCCAGAGAUGCCACCGUCCCCGACCUGACCCGGAAGAGCCUGGAUGACAUCAUGGUGUACCUGUGACUCUGACCCUGAUGACAUCAUGGUGUUCCUGUGACCCUGACCCUGAUGACAUCAUGGUGUUCCUGUGACCCUGACCCUGAUGACAUCAUGGUGUUCCUGUGACCCUGACCCUGAUGACAUCAUGGUGUACCUGUGACCCUGACCCUGAUGACAUCAUGGUGUUCCUCUGACCCUGACCCUGAUGACAUCAUGGUGUUCCUGUGACCCUGACCCUGAUGACAUCAUGGUGUGCCUGUGACCCUGAUGACAUCAUGGUGUUCCUGUGACCCUGACCCUGAUGACAUCAUGGUGUUCCUGUGACCCUGACCCAGAUGACAUCAUGGUGUUCCUGUGACC